AAAGACUACAGGGGCGAAGGGAGAGGUGACUGAGGGCUUUGCAGUGUGAUACGACCAUGCCGCACUAUCCCGACACCAUCGAAUACUCGGACAAGUACCAGGUGAAUGGCAGCACCGCUCCUGACCCCUUGCAAUGGCGCAUCUGUUUGUUGGCUGGUCAUCUGGUACAUGCAGGACGAUGUGUAUGAGUAUCGCCACGUCAUUCUGCCGCAUGCCGUAAAAGGAUCACCUCACAGCACAGCACGAUGGAUGGAUGCCAGCGUACAAGGGCGCUCUUUGAUGGGUGUGGAAUUAACACCUACAGGUUGCUCGCAAGGUGAAUGAGAUCCGUCGCCGCAAGCAAGACCAGCUGCUCACCGAGGCCGAAUGGCGGUGAACUGCAAUGAAUGCUACACAAAGACAGAGGGACACGUGAUGGGAUGCCUUUGCGCAUGGCAUUCGUUGUGUGUACACGUACUGCUGCAGUGAGGUGGGCGUCGUGCAGAGUCGCGGCUGGGUCAACUACCACAUCCACGAGCCGUACGUAACUACCCCAUCCACAUGCAAUUAAUGCAACCAGCCAGGAAUGAAUGCCAUGCCUUGUGUGUGUGGUGAAUGUGAUUGAUGUGGUUGGCAUGGCAUGUGCAUGUGUCAGGGAGCCUCACAUUCUGCUGUUCCGCCGCAAGUUGGGCACCAACCCCAAGACGGGCCAGGUGGAGGGCAACAACUAGCAGACCAAUAAGUGAAGACAAGACAGACACAUUCACAAACAACUGACACCGAUGGUGGGGUGGGGGUGAGGGGGGCGAGCUGAGGCGGACACGACGCGUAGCCUUCCUUCUACUGAGAUGAAGAUGGCAUACAUUACCUGACAAUACUAUGAUGUGUAUGCGGUGGGUGGUGGACGGACGAUGGAUGCCCUCCCUGCGCUGCAUGGACGUAUUCUUCCCUCGAUGGAUGAAGCAGUGCACUCACUGCACGUGUGCCACUCAUUCAUGUGUGAAGGAAGGAG